AUGCAAUCAAAUGAGCUGGCAUCAACUGAUACAGUUGCUACUUGUAAUCAAGAGAUCCAUAUAGUAAGCUCCAACCUGACAGAAUCAUCAGUUUCUAUGGAGCAAGCUUAUCGCUUUAAGUAUAAAGAGACGCUCGUUCCUCAUAGUGGCCCGACGUCUCAUGUGAUUCGGCCGACAGCAAAUUGCUUGCCAGAGUCGAAGCGAGCGAAUCAGAUUGAACAUGCUGAAGAUGAUCUUGAGGCUGACAUGGAGGAGGUCAAGACUGCAGUUCACGCCUAUAACGUUGAGUUUCAAAAGCGCAUUGAUACAGUGAAAUUACGUGGUCGCGAUCUUGAGGUAAAGUUAGAAAUUGAAGACGACGCUCUGAUGACUUCCAUGGACCAGUUGCGAGGGAAGAUUCAGAAACAAUUCGAAUCAGCAUUUGUCGUACUUGAACAAAAGACGCUGUCAUAUUUUGCACGUGUUGAGACUCACGAAAUUGUUAGCCAAGAAAAGAAACUGCAGGACUGCAGGUCUGAAUUUCAUUCGUUCGCGUACACGACGGUUCCUAAUAUAGUUGAAAAGCUUCAGGGCACUGUCACAAGCAAUCUAGAGAAAAAGUGCGAGACUUUUGACAUCGAAAAUGCCAAAAACCAAAUGCGUGAGAAAAAGACGUUACGCACUUUGGAAUGCAAUGAACGCAAGUCAGAAGCCAACAUUCGUGCUGAAUACGCUCGACGUGUUGCUAAAUUUCAAGAGCGGGAAGAAGAACUCCAUCACGUCAUGCGCGUAGACAAUCGCUGUAUCGAGCGACUCCAAUCAAUAAAAAUCCAAGGCCUCCUGGAUCUGUAUUCUCGGCUUCAAGCCGAAAGUACAACCCGUGAAAAGGAAGACUCAACAAUACUAGACAAUCUGUCGUCAUCAUUCGGACGACUUCAAAUUAGUAUAUUCGAACAUCUAGGAGACCACGACGACCAAUUGCGAACGUUCAAUUGCAGUCAAUGA